GGAGGCGGAUCCGUGUCGACUUAAACUCUGGGGCCCGGGAGGCGGGCUGCGUCCUGCUCGCUUGCCGGGUUUUGGAUCUAUGGUGGUCGGAUUAAACAAGCAAACAAUGUAUGUAUGGAGGGGGACUGAGAUUGACAUGUUUGGAGGGAGAUGGAAACAUAAAAUAAUUGAAUGGUAAAAUCGUAUUUAAAGGACACUUUCAGCUGCUCCUGUGCAGAGAAGCUACACAGGACUUUUGUCGGUUACUGACAUCCAAAACAACUGAUUUUUAAUACCUUGCUUCUACACCAAAUCAACGAUGAACUGGAAUGAAAAACCAGAAAGUGUUACAUUGCCACCACCGUAUCCUAAAAGCCAAGCAUCUUUUUUGCACCAGCCUUUAAUAAACCCACUUAACUCGGUAUCUCAAAGUUCUUUUAACUAUGCUGGAAGUAAACAGGAAGCAUGCAUGUAUUCCAUUAAUUCAAAUCCAAUUUCACAGCCAGUGCACAACAUCAGAAAUUAUAAAACUCAACAAAUCCCUGUUUCUGAAAUGCAUGAUGAAACAGUUGUGGCCUCACAAACUUCAGUUGAAAGAAUAACAUAUACAAAUGUUAAGGGACACAAACAACUAAAUCAUAAUUUACACACAUCUUCAGGAGUUACAGAAAAUGCGUGGAUGAACUCAACAACGAGGAAUCCUCUGCUUUCUCAUACAGGGAUAACUGUAUCAAACCAGGCUGGUUUUGGAGAUAAUAUGCCCAAUAUACAUGCACUACAGAAUCAAUUUGUAACAUCAGGUACCUAUUCUAUGGAGCUACAAAUUGCCCCUUCUAAUUCUGUAAGGGUUCCUGUAACUUAUCAAGGAAAUCAAAGAUUUAACCCAUCUUUUUCAGAGCAACAGGUUGAGUGGGCACAAAAGUAUACAUCUGAUGGACUGACUUUUCCCAGACCGCUUCCAAAUCAGUACUGUUUUUCACAGCAAAGUUAUUUGCAAGAUCCUACUAUUCAGAAACAAAACCCCAUGGCAUCUACAUCAUUACAAGUUAAAAAUAAUCAGUUUCCAAAUCCUGCACUGUCUUUACGGUUACAGCAAAAUGCAACUCUACAGUCACAUCAAUAUGCCUUUACUCAAACUGACAGUAGACGCCUUCCUAGUUAUGACUGUCAGUAUGCAAGUCAGCCUUUGCAAAGUACUCAGCAUGUUGUCAAACACUUGGCUGUGGAAGUUCCUUGGAAUCAAGAAACGCACUUACCUAAAAAAAAAAGGGAAAACUUUUAUAGAGGCUUUCAACAGCAAUGGCGUACUCCUAAUGAAAAAGUCAGCAUGGUUGGAAAUUCAUGUAAUAUGAAAGAAAAUGCCAAUAUUAGAUCUUCUGUGGAUGGUGUGCAGCGUCUUGCUCAAAAUAAUCAAGAUAAAAGAAUAGACUCUUGCAAUCCAACUUCAAAUCAAGUACUGGACACAAAUGUUACAAAAGAAAAUUUAGUGAAGGAUAUUAAAGCAUUAGUAGAAAUGAAAAGGAAGUUUUCGGAACUUGCAAUGAAAAUUAAGAUAAAGAAGGAUCUUUUGAUGGCAGCAGGUUGUCAUAAAACAAGUAAUACCCCUCGUAGUGAAUCAGUUCAGAAUUCUGAAUUGUCUCUGAAGCAAAGUGCCAAAAUGCAAUGUGGACCACAGGCAACCCCAGUAACUCUAGAGAUUUCAGAGGAUAAACCACAAAGAGUGAUGGAAUCUGCAGAAAAAACAAAUAAAACACACUGUACCUGGACUUCCAACAUUCAAGAAAUUAAUUGCAGAAAAUUUAACCAAGUCAAUUCCAUUUUACCAAAUUCUUUCUGUUCAGAAAAGUUGCCAAUGCCGGACCGGUUUAAUGAUUUGAAAGUUUCGCCUUCUUUGAAGGCACCAGUUGUUGACACAACUCAGACAACAUUGAAUAACACCGAAUUUUCAUCAGAAAAUUUUGUCAGAGGUGAACAAAAUUGGCCAACAAAUUCUGAAACAAUUUCUUGUUCCCAGUCAACACCCUUUGAGGAAUGCACUUUAAAACAUCCAAACAAAAAUCCACUGCUUCUCAAGCUCCUCGAGUCAGAAGAUAAAACGCCGAAAAAAUUCUUAAAAGAUGCUAGUGAAAUUAUUCGGGAUUCUAAACCGAACUGUUUUGAAAUGAAUCAGAGGACCCAAAUCACUGGUAACGAACGAAACUUGAAAACCAUGGAAAGUACUUCUGAUAUCAAUGGCAAGGUUUCAGACAACUCUUUUGGCCUUGACCAUCAAUCCUCAACAAAUGGAAUGUCUUGUAAAACAGACAAUCGCUGUUCCAUGGAAUUGCUAGCAACAUGUCUUUCCCUGUGGAAAAAGCAACCAUCAGAACUUACAGAAGAAAAACUGUGUAAGGAGUCAGGGAUAAACACAAUAGCAGUUGGAAAGCCUAAACCUGUAGAAGUCAUCUGUGGUAAGAGUCCUUGGGCAGUUGUGGGGAAUUCUCAGAAUAAAACCAUAAAAAGCUCACAAGAAACAGCUUCGUCAGCAGUAGUGCAGAACUAUGAGUCUUCAGGUACAAAUACAACAAAAGGACCAGAACUGCAGGUUGCUGUAGUGCCACCCUUAAUUCUUUUAGAUGUGAACACAUUAUCUGUCAAGGGAUUAACACCUGAAGCUUUACCUGAAACAGUGUAUCCAGUUAUUAAAGAAGGUAGUGUUUGUAGCUUACAAGAUCAACUAGCAGAAAAUACAACAUUAACAGGUUCUUUGAAAGCUGAUGCUGAUGGUCCUGUGGCAAGUACUACAUCAUCAACCAAGAUUUUCCCAUUAACUCAGAAAGAAAAGCAGAAUGAAUUGACUAAUGACAAUUCAGAAGGAUCACCUAAUGCUAGUCAGGGAAAGCACAUCAAAUCAGAACCAGAUGUCCACUCUCUUGCGAGUACAGAUACAUCAGUCUGCCUGGAUUUGAGUGAUAAUCAGCAAGUCUUGUGUAAGGACAGUACCCCUGUGAGUGAUGGUGACAUGUUACAGAUUGCCAGUAUCUGUUCUCUUGUUGAAAGUGAUACGUCCUAUAAUUCCCAAAUAGCAAAGAUGUUUGACUCUCCUCCUUUGAAAAAGGUUGAGCCACAGAAACUUGCUCUCUCCAAUCACCAAGUGAUAAAUAGUGGACAAGAAAAAGAACAAUUUGAUAAAAAUAUUGAAAAUAAAGACUUUGAUUUUCAAAAAGAGAAAUUUGUACAGUCCAUACAUGUUUCACCAAAAAUAGCCGAUCUUGCAAAGUCAUUGCAAUCUCCAGAAUCCUCAGCUUUGAAGUGUGUUGAUGCAAAUAGAAGUAUUCAAGUAGAACACAAAAUGGAGUUUAUCAUUAAAAAGGAGAUAACCAGUGUCUGUUCCCUUGUUGAAAGUGAUACGUCCUAUAAUUCCCAGAUAGCAAAGAUGUUUGAUUCUCGUCCUUUGAAAAAGGUUGAGCCACAGAAACUUUCUCUCUCCAAUCAUCAAGUGAUAAAUAGUGGACAAGAAAAAGAACAAUUAGAUAAAAUUACUGAAAAAGACUUUGAUUUUCAAAAAGAGAAAUUGGUACAGUCCACACAUGCUUCACCUAAAAUAGCCGAUCUUUCAAAGUCAUUGCAACCUCCAGAAUCAUCAUCUUUGAAGUAUGUUGAUGUGAAUAAGGGUAUUCAAGCAGAGCAUAAUUUGGAAUGUGUCGUUAAAAACAAGAGCAGGACUACUGAUAGGUGUUAUUCAUUACCUACUUUGCAGAAGGAAAUUUAUCUUCAAAACACUGAUGCAUCCUAUAAUUAUAUUCUCCAAGAUCCUAUAGGCAAUGAGAUUUCCAGCGAUAAGACAUCCGACGUAUACCUAUGUGAUCAACUGUCGGAACUUUUAAAAGAGUUUCCUUAUGGCAUUGAAGCGGUAAACACACAUGAUGGUUCUGUGGGCCAACAAACAACAGACCAAAUAUCAAAAAAAGCUGAAACUACUGAUAAAACCAGUUGUGACUCCAAAGGCUCAACUGACCAAAUACAGAUUACAAUAUUAAGCUCAGAGCAAAUGAAAGAAUUAUUUCCUGAACAGGAUGAGCAACCGCGUGACACAGAGAUUCCAGCAACUUCUCAGAUGGAGAAACCUGUCACAAAAGUAGGGAGUCAGAGUGAUCCCCAAGCACAGACAGAAGGAGAAAGUUGUGAUUCAGUACUGCCAGACUCAGAGAAAGAUGACAUCCACUGCUGUGCACUGGGUUGGCUCUCUAUGAUUUAUGAAGGAGUACCCCAAUGUCAGUGCAAUGCCACUGAGACCUCACCUUCAGAGAAAGAAAAAAAGGAAGACCAGUGUUCCUCUUUGGAGACCAACAGUUGUAAAGCAGAGACAACUUCUAAUAGAGGUGUCCCUACUGUUGAACAUACGAGUACUCCAAAUAACAAUUUGAGGUUUCCUCUUACGCAUCUAGAUAAGAAAAAGCAUUUUCCUGCAACGGAACAAAGUAAAAAUACAAAAGAUAAAUUCAGAACAAAACAUAGCUCAGUAAGGAUAGAGCAAGAAUUAUCUGGUCAAUCGUUAUCUAAAAGUGAUAAAAAACUAGACUCCUUUCCCCACCCUCAAAAAAGAAAACAAAAACUGAAAUUCCAUGAGGUAACCUUUAACUCCAGUAAUAAGAUGAUGAAGUUUUAUGACCAACAUUCUCAAGAGAGCCUGCAGAGGAAACAUACAGCACAAAUUGUACAUCCACUAAAACCCAAGACUGCUUUAAUGGCAAAUAAAGAUCUUCAUGGGAAGAAUAAGAAUGGUUCUUCGAAACAAUCAAUAUUACCAGAAAAGAUUAAAUUUAAAGUAGAUGUCUCCAGAUAUAAACUUUUGAAAAAAAGGAAGUUAGACCUAGGGGCCACAGUUGAUAGUGAAAUAAAGAAAAAGAAACUUGAUAAACAGGAACAGAAUGAAAAUGUGGGAAGUACAUCCAAAUUAUGUAAUACUUUGUCAAAUCCAAGUGAAAAAACCAGUAUUAAAGAAAAGACAGUAUCAUUAGAAGUGAAGAUCACAAACCUGGAAAUUAACGUGCCCAAAAAUUUAAUGAAAUCUUCCAAUGCAAAUACUAAGUCCUCAGACUUGAAGGAUGUUUCAUGUAAAAUUAAUAGAGUUGUAAUAUCAAAGGAGUGUUUACAAAGGCAGAAGCAUAAAGAAGUGAUGGGUAACAAAGCACCAAAGAAUAGUUGUGUAAUUGAGAAAAUGAAAAACAUAGCAAUUGAUUCUGAGUACAUGAAACCCAGUAAACUUUCCAAGCAAAUAGAAACUUGUGGGAAAUCGAAUGAGAGGAACAGUAGCAGUGCACAGACUGCUAAAGAAUCAUUAAACUUAAACCAUGUUAAAAACCUUAAAACCCACCUUGCUGAGGACUCGAAAAUACACACUUCUCGAAAUGUUAAAGGAAAAGUUGUUGGAAAGCAGCCUGAUAAAAAAUGUCUUGAUAAAACCAAAUUAGACAAAAAUUUAACCAGUAUAAAUAAUGAAGCCAAAUUCAACCAAAUGUGUCACCAAACAAAGAAUCAAGGGAAACCCUAUCUGAACAGAGUUGCAUUUAAAUGCACUGAACGGCAAAGUCUUUAUCUCACAAAAUUAGAUGAUUCUCCCAGGAAGCUUAAUCAAGAUAAAAAGAAGAGCCGGGAAGAGAAAUCCAAGAGUGUUUUACCUCUGAAAGAUACCACAGAAAAACCAGGAAUGCUGCAGUUUAAAUUAUGCCCAGAAGGGCUGCUUAAUGAUACAAACCAGGUUGAAGAACAGAAGGAUCUGAAGCUCUGUCCUAGGAAGGAACAAGCACCUGUACAAGUUUCAGGAAUAAAAAGUACAAAAGAAGCCUGGCUAAAAUCUGUUCCCCUGGAGAAAAGGAUGCUGGAAACCAAGCAAGAAAUAGAUAACAGUGUUUUGCCUAAUCCAAGACUCUUCAAAAGAAGCACCAGUGCAGAUGGAUUUGAGACACUGCAAAACCCAGUAAAAGAUUCAAAAGCGAUGUUUCAAACCUACAAAAGGAUGUACAUGAAGAAAAGCAGAAGCUUGGAUAACAGUCCUUUAAAGUGAUUAUAAAACAUGGUUGUGUUAUUGUCCUUGGAAAAUUUCUCAUUUUCUGUUCAGAAUUUUUUUUUUUCCUUUUUUUUUGGAAAUAGAGUUGCCAAGGUGUGAAGCAUUCUCUGUCAGAGAGAGGAGGGCUGCUUAGGUUAUGUAUUUGAUUGAAAUUUAAUUAAAAUGUCUUGAGAACCUUGUUUUUGGAUCAGCAGGUAUAAAAAAUAGAUAGUAUUUGUCAGGAAGACCAUAAGGUAUUUGAACUUCUGCAUUUUUGAACUAAGUUUACUAUUUUUUAUUAUUUUGAAAUGCUAACUAUCCAUCCUGAGGGAGAACAGACUUCCUCACAAAGGACUUGUUUAUUUUAACUGGGACUGUAAAUAUAUAUAUAUAUUUUGAGCUACAUUAGCAAAAUUUAUUUUUUAAAAAUAUGCACUGUGAAUAUCAAAGUAUAUUCUCAAGUAUUUUAUACCUAAUUGCGAACUUUUUUUUCAGAAGUUUUGUUUUUUCACUUGUUAAACUGAACAUAAUUUUUGGAUAAUGUUUAAGCAUUACUUUUCAUACUUGAAAUAAAAAAUUUAUUUUUUAAGAAAUUA